CGAAAUUUUGACAAGAGUGUUAGUGAGUGAGUGAUGAGCGACCUGAGUGACGGGGUCGGCGGCGGCGGUGGGAGGAAAUCACGCCGAACGGUUGAGCAGGAUGAGAACAAUGCAGAAACUGCGUCCACUCGAGGAGGAAGAAAUUGGUCCAAGAAACAGGGCGAAAAUCGGAGCAAUCGGGUCAGCAGUGGGGAUGGCGUGGCAGAUGAAAACCUGUUACUUCGACGCCAUCUCCGCAAGCAGGAGGAGAAGAUUAAGCUUCUGGCCACAAAACUUGUCCGAGUUGUGGGUGAGAGGAAAAGCAAGGAGAAACGGGACGAAAUGUUGAUUGAGGAGCAGAAGGGCAGAUUAGCCGAGUUGGAGGGAAUCGUGUCCAAUCUUAGGGACAAGUUAAGCGUGAGUCGCGAACAAUUAGCGUCCGUGACCAAGCUUAUCCCAACCCCGUCAAAUACCUCCCAUCACCACCACCAUUUACACCACUUACCUCCAACCCCAUCAGCCAGUUCCCGAGGUCGGACUCGUUGGUCGUCUGGUGGCGGAUCACCCCCAAAGAAGCAGGACUCCGCCACCGUGACUAAAAAGGGUCGUCUCUCCAGCACCACCACAACGCCUCGACCUCGAAGCAGUCACCUCACUCUGCUCGAAGACUCCGAGUUCACUUCACGCGUGGAAAGCUUGCUGUUGGAGGCGAAAAGUGAGAACGCGGCGUUAGAAGACCAACUCCGUCUCAGCAGGGAACGCCUCACCCACUUUCAACUGGAAGCGGAACGAACCUUAUCCGCCCUUCGGGUCGCAGAAGAGGAAGUGGAGCGGAUGCGGGCAGAGGUCGAGCGAGGUCACGGCGAGCGUGUCUCGCUGAUUCGAGCAGAGCGGGAGGCGCGUCGUUUGGGUGGCUGGGUGGGCGUGCUGGAGGGGAAAGUGGGUCGACUGGAGGAGGAAGUUGGGCGCGGUGUGGAGGACAAAGGUCGCGUGGAGGAAGAUUUACGGAAGGUGGAGGGGGAACUGAGGGAGGAGCAGGAAAAGGGCCUCAGUCUGGGGAAGAAGUUGGAGGAAGUUGUGCGGGAAGUGGGCAGACUGAAGGAGGUCGAAAUGGCGGUGGGCGGACUCGUCGAGGAGAAUCGGAUACUGAAAGAGAGUCACGAAUCCUUAGUGGAGAAGAGCUUGUCCGGUAUUUCUCUGGGGGCGGGAGGCAGUCGUUCAGCUGGACAAAGGGCGGAAGAAGAAUGUGUUGACCUCAAGAGGCAACUGACCGAAUUGGAGGGGAGGUUGAAAACCGAAGUGGGCGCAAAAUCCGAGCUGAGCGAAGCUUUACGAGAAGCAAAGACCAAGAAUGUCACGCUCGAAGAGAAAGUGGCAAAGUUGGAAGGAGAGCUUGCCGAAAUGAGCGCAAAAUUGGCAGCCAGCGAGGCAGACCGAGAGAAACGCAGCAUCAGUGAAGAGGUCAUUCUUCGUGCCAAGACCGUAGAAGAAGAGCUUGGCCAAACCCAAUGGCAAUUGGUUCAAGUUCGUGACGAGUUGGACAAAACGCGUGCCCUGCUGAGAACGCAAAUGAUGAUAAGUCGCGGUUGGGGGAAGGAGGUGGAAGAACUGAGCAAGAAGUUGGACAAGGCGGAAAGCUUUCACAGUCAUAAAUUGGAAGAAUUUAUGGCCCUCUUGGAACAAAGGACGAAGCAAAUGUGCGUCCUGGAAGAAACUUUGGAAGCCAUUCGACCCUUGGCGAAUAAAACGGCACCACCACGACAAAUAAUGGUCCCAAAUAAUGAUGCCACCGCGACGACAACAACCUCAGAGAAUAAAUCACCACCACAAGAGCAACAAACAAUUGUCACGAAAAAUAAUGCCACCGCGACGACAACCACAGAAGAAAUUGUUCCCCCCACUCGACCCCCGCGCACGAACCCCCCAGAUCGCGACAAGGAUAAUAAUAAUGACUCCUUGCUCGUACUGCCCAUGUGAUGACGAUGAUGAUAUUGACAUGAGAAUAACAAUUAUUAAUAACUGUAUAAUAUGCCUUCUCUUGAGCCAAGUUUGCGUCUUUCUCUCCUGUAUCUUAAAUAACUGCUUAAUUACGAUAAUUAAUUAGGAUUCUAUGUUAAAUUAGUUUAACAAGUUGAUACCAUGACAUACGUGUGACCUCCCGGUUGGAUUUUGACAUUAAAAGACAUUCUUGACGUGUAAUUAAUUAGUUAGUGUACUUUCUCUUCUCAGAUAUAUAUUGAGGGAUUUCACGUCAAGUUCGUAACCUACGUAACUGCGUUAGGUUUGUAAGCUUACACACUCUUGACGUGAGUUGACUUUGUAAACAUUUUCGUAAACAUUUUUUAGUAAAAUCAAAAUAUCGUAUAUAAAACAUCAUCAAAAUGUUGCUAGCCAACUUUAUCCUAGCGUACACCAAAUGAAAUGUAAUUAUUUUUGAAUUUUUUUGCCUAAAAUAUCAGGUUUUCAGGAAUUACAUAGCUAUUUCUUAUGUCACAAAAUUCUAUAAUAUACCAAAAUGAUCGUAUGAUCAAGACCGAUCGAUUGAUACCCCUCUGGAUGAAGUGUGUCAAUUUAACCCAGAUUUGACAUUUGGGGGCUGGUCGGAUAGCGACAAAUAUUUUCGGCUGGCAGCAAUCUUUUGUAAAAUAAUUAAAUUAAUUUGCAUGUUGAUGGGACGAGAUCACAAAAAAUUUACAAUUGACAAUUCGUCUCUAAGACAA